AUGCCCUCCAACACCAAAAAUCUCGCCCUGCUUUUCACCAAAGUGCCCGACCGUCUCCCCGUGCCGGGUGAACACAUUGCAGUCAAAGACGUCGGCCCCUUUGACCUAGACCAGGAGCUACCCGCCAAUGGCAUGAUUCUCGAGACCCUCUACGUGAGCUUCGACCCGUACCUGCGUGGCCUCUUGCGGGAUCCCUCGGUUAAAUCAUACCUGCCAGCGAUUCCGCUGGGGAACGCCAUUUCCGCGGCAACUCUGUCGCGGGUUCUCCGCUCCAAGCUCGAGGGCUAUGCCGAGGGAGACGUCGUGAGGUUGUUGCUGCCCAUUCAGCAGUAUAACCUGCACGUGGCGAAGCCGCCCAAGGAGGGCGAGGCGCAAUGGGAGCGGCCGUUCAAAGUGCCCAACCCGAAUGAUUCCCAGCUCGACAUCAGGCAGUACCUGGGCGCCCUGGGCAUGCCGGGCCUCACGGCUUACUCUUCACUGUACGAAAUCGGCAAACCAAAGGCUGGGGAGAUCAUUGUGGUGUCCUCCGCGGCCGGGGCAGUGGGUCAAUUGGUCGGCCAACUGGCCAAACACGAGGGCUUGACCGUUUUUGGAUCCGUGGGCAGCGACGACAAGCUGGACUUCAUCAUCAACGAGCUGGGCUUCGAUGGCGGGUGGAACUACAAGAAAGAACCCAGUACCAAGGAGGUCAUCGGGCGCCUGGUCCGGGAACACAAGGAGAAGAAAGGGGAGAAAGUCCCCGAAGAAACGGGCAAUGGGGAGGGAGGCAUCGAUAUCUUCUAUGACAAUGUUGGCGGCGAGCAGUUGGACGGUGCAAUGGAGACAUUGAAUCUCUUUGGACGCAUCGUGGAAUGCGGCCAAAUCUCACAGUACAACCUCCCGCCCUCUGAACGCUAUCCCAUCCGCAACACUUUCCUGACCGUGGUCAAACGGCUGACCAUGACGGGCUUCAUGGUCGGCGACGCCAACAUGGGCCCCAAGCACGCCAAGUCCCACCUCGAAAACGUCUCCAAGUGGUUGCGGGACGGCAGCUUCAAGGCAAAGGUCCACGAGACCGUGGGCAUGGAGAACGCCGCCGAGGCCUUUAGCGGCAUGUUGAAGGGCGAGAAUUUCGGAAAGGCUAUCUUGAAAGUCAAAGUCUAG